AUGGAUGCAUGGACUUGUCUUCAUGAUCUAUUCCAAGACAAUGAACAUUCCAGAGCCGUGACCCUUGAACAUGAAUUCUCCUCUACUCAUAUGCGUGAUUUUCCUAAUGUCUCGGCAUACUGUCAACGACUUAAAAUAUUAGCCGAUCAACUUAAAAAUGUUGGAACUCCGGUCAGCAAUAGCCGCUUGGUGUUACAGUUGGUCGCAGGUUUAACGGAUGCCUAUAGCGGUGUUGGGAUGUUGAUUCGUCGAAGUAAGCCACUUCCCCCCUUUUACCAGGCUCGCUCCAUGCUCACUCUCGAGGAAGCCGACUUUGCCAAGAAGGUGGCUAACGAAAUUGAUUCUGCCAUGUUCUCCAGUGCCUCCGAUGAUGCUACUUCUUAUCCCGACACAAAGCCACAAAAUCAUGGUGAUGGCAACAAACACAACACCAAAAACAAGAACCGCAACAACAACGGACAUAAGGUCAAAUAUGAUGGUUCUUUUGAGAGGCACAAAGCCCGUCUUGUAGGUGAUGGUGCAGGUCAACAGGUUGGCAUUGAUUGUGGUGACACAUUUAGCCCAGUUGUGAAACCAGUUACCAUUAGAUCCAUGCUUAGUCUAUCUCUCUCCAAAGCUUGGCCCAUUCAUUAG